AUUAUAUACAAUACUCAAACUGCAUCAGCUGACGAGUUUCCCGAUAUUGCGCAGUUUCGACAAAUUGAGAGAGAAGAGGCGAGCCGCCGCUGCCAUGUGCGUUUAACAUAAACAUUAGGAGAGACUAGCCGGCGACUCGCGAAGGUCAAGUUCGCGUCCAUAGUCCAAUUGUCCAGCAGGAGGAGAAGCAAUAGUUAGUUGACGAGGUGCGCUCGAACCAGACGGACGCACCAGUCGGUUCUCGGAACGAAUUCAAUAAGUUUCAAUAAUAUUUAGAUCACUGUACUGCGUUUGUUUUGAUAUCUAUAUAUUGCCAUGGAUUACCCGAGGAGAUACAACUACGUGAGCAGGCUGUCGGUCGAGUGAAUAGCUGUUUGAGAGCUGCCUGUGUGUUCCAGAGGAGCCUGGCGAGAUGACGGACAUGGCUGAGGCUGAGACGGAGAAGGAUUUCCGUAAACCGCUGCCGGACGGCGAGACGACCGUACAGCGCUUGGUCCACGCGCUCCACACCACCAGGACAGGUUACAAGCGUAUGCCCGGCUUCGAUCCCAGCAUCGACAACAUCGAGUACUACCGGGCCCAGCAAACCGUCGACUGCGAUGAAGUUUUUCCUCGCAUUUACAUCGGAGAUGGUAUUACUGCCAAGAACAAACCGUACCUGCAGAGGAUAGGUAUCACCCACGUGUUGAACGCAGCCGAAGGCAAGAAGUUCGGCAUGGUAAACACGGACGCCAAUUACUACAAAGACACGACAAUAAAGUACCUCGGCUUGCGAAUGCUCGACUUGCCCAGCACCGACAUCGCCCAGUUUUUCUUCACCGCAGCAGCUUUCAUAGAAGACGCGGUACAAUCUGGAGGGCGAGUCUACGUGCACUGCGUACAGGGAGUGUCGCGCAGCGCGACCUGUGUGAUCGCCUAUCUGAUGAUCAAGAAGGGAAUGUUGGCUACCGAUGCCAUCCGUACGGUGAGACUGAGUCGGGACAUCCAUCCCAAUGAAGGCUUCCUCCGUCAGCUGGCGACGCUCGAUAAUCAAUUGCGCAGACAGCGAUUGUAAAACAAUCUGAUCCGAGAGACGAGUGAUCUUGCUAUGCAGCGCCUUUUUUUAUUUACGAUGCAUGCUGCACUUAAUGAUUAAUGAAAGCUUUGUUAACGAUUAGUUCGUUGUUGCGAGAUCGCGCUUUGUAAUCUAGAGAUCGAAUUUCCCGCAUGAUUUACAUCAUGUCGGAGCUUAUUCACUAUUAUUUUCCAAUGCUAUUUGAACGAUUCAUUAAAAAGUAUUAAUACGUAGGCUUUAUUCUACUAUACAGUGUUUUGGAAACACGAGCUUGAUUGAAAAGUUAUUUUUGUAAUGAAAAGAUUAAUGAUUUAUCUUUGUUUUGUAACUUUGUGAAUAAUGUGUACAAAAUGAAAAGAUGAAAAAUAAAGAAUUUGAUACACUAUU